GAAGAAAAACUAUUCCGAAUAAAUUGCUAUCUCCACGAAAAAAUCACAAAAAAUAUCAUUAUGGAGUGGUCAGAACAUAAAGCUCCUGAUGGAAGAACAUAUUACUAUAACAGCAUAACAAAACAAUCUCAUUGGGAAAAGCCAGAAGCUCUUAAAACAGCGACAGAGCGUUUAUUAUCAGCAUGUCCAUGGAAAGAAUACACUUCUGAUGCUGGGAAAGUUUAUUAUUACAAUACAACAACAAAAGUUUCAAGAUGGACAGCUCCCCCUGAAUAUUUAGAAAUAAAGCAAAAAGUGAACGCUGAGAAAGCUGCUGCUGGACCAGUGCCGGGUAUGACCAUGCCUUCUGCUAUAUCACCACAAGUUCCAUUUGCAACAACACCUUUGACAUCUCCAUACAUCAUGGGAGAAAACGUUGUAAAAACGCCAGGCAGCAACGAAAACUCGUCGUCUUCUGCAAUGGAUCAUGCAAUGGCAGCAACAUUAGCACAACUUGAUUCAAUUGAAGUUCCAAAUCUUCCAACAAGUGUUGAAAGUCCUGAAAAACCACCAGUAGAGGUUGUUGAAGAACCCGUGAUUGAGUUCAAAGAUAAAAAAGAAGCGAUUGAGGCAUUCAAAGACUUUCUUCGUGAAAAAAAUGUCCCAACUUGUACUUGGGAGCAAUGUAUAAAGAUCAUAUCAAAAGAUCCUAAAUACAAUGCAUUUAAAAAGCUUAGUGAAAAGAAACAAGCUUUCAAUGCUUAUAAAACUCAAAAGCAAAAGGAGGAAAAAGAAGAGCAACGUUUAAAGGCUAAAAAGUCGAAAGAAAAUCUCGAAAAGUUUCUCAUGUCAAAUGAAAAAAUCGAUUCAACAACAAAGUAUUAUCGUUGCGAAGAAAUGUUUUCAAGUCUUGAUGUGUGGAAAGCAGUUCCAGAGCCUGAUCGUCGUGAUAUUUAUGAUGAUUGCAUUUUUAAUUUAACACAAAGAGAGAAAGAAGAAGCGAGAGUUUUGAAGAAAAGAAACAUUAAGGUUUUAAGAAAACUUCUUGAAUCAAUGGAUUCCAUCACUUAUCAAACUACGUGGGCUGAAGCGCAAUGUCUUCUACUCAAAAACACUGAAUUUACAAGUGACAUAAACCUUUUAGGAAUGGAUAAGGAAGAUGCUUUGAUUGUAUUCGAAGAGCACAUUCGCGCACUUGAGGUUGAAGAUAUUGAAGAUCGUGAAAUGGAGAAAUUGCGACAAAAAAGACUGCAGAGAAAGAAUCGCGACAAUUUCUUGACAUUAUUGGACGCUCUUCACGAAGAUGGAAAACUGACAUCAAUGUCAACAUGGGUUGAACUUUAUCCAACAAUUUCUGCUGAUUUACGUUUCUCUGCUAUGUUGGGACAGCCUGGGUCAACACCGCUUGACCUUUUCAAAUUUUAUGUCGAUCAGCUUAAGGCGAACUUCCAAGAUGAUAAAAAAAUGAUCCGAGAAAUCCUCAAGGAAAGGAAAUUCAUUGUUGAAGUGUCGACAACUUUUGAAGAAUUCGCCACAGUUGUAUGUGAAGAUGAACGAUCUGCUUCAUUGGAUGCUGGAAAUGUUAAACUCACAUACAAUUCAAUGCUUGAAAAAGCUGAAUCGGCUGAGAAAGAUCGACUGAAAGAAGAAACUCGUCGUCUCCGUAAACUUGAGAAUGAAGUUAAAGGUCAUUGGAUUGAAGCUGCUUUAACAACUUCUGAUACAUGGGAUAAGGCGAAGGCAACAAUUAUUGAUAAACUCGACUUCGAAGCGUAUGAUGAAGAGCUGAAAAUUGAAGAACUUUGGAAAGAAUUUAUAAAUGAAACUGAAAAUACAUGUUCGCAUCAUCAUGCACGCUCAAAGAAGUCAAAGAAAAAUCGAAAACAUAAGAAACGAUCACGAACAAGUUCAGUGUCAUCUGGAGAAGCAUCUAAUAUCGAAGAAUCGCCUAUCGAAGAAUAUGAAGGUGGAAAGAAGCGUAAAAAGAAGAAGAAGCACAAGGCGAGAUCGCCAAGCAGCGAAGCGAGGUCAUCGGUUGAAAAAGAGCGAUCAUCGAAGGAGGAAAGUCCAAUUCCUGUUGUUGUUAAAAAGAAAAAGAAAGAAAAGAAGCGUAAAGAGAAAUCAAUCUCCGGAAGUCCAAUCAGUAACGUUUCUGAUAUAAUUUCAGCAAAAAAUGGCAGCGAUGACCAAGCCAUGAGUGAGUCAGAAUUGGAAUCAAAAAGACUUGCUUUGCUAGCUCAACUUGCUGAGCCAAUGGAAGAUUAAACUUCCUGGAAUUUGAAAAUAUUUUUAAUGAAAUUUGAUUUGUGUAAUAAAUCUGACACA